AUUCUUAAAAUCAUAGAAACAGUAAUUUACUUAAGUAUAGUAACAUUAAACUGUAAUAUGAGCUUGCUGGCAUUUUAAACAUUAUUUCGUUGCAUUAGAAGCGUGUGAAGUAAUUAAAAUAGUUUUAGUAGUUGUUCGAUAUCAAAGUUGAACAGUUCCUAGCAAAAAGAAAUUUAAAAUGAAUAUUAACAAUAGUGCUUCCACUAAAACAAUUAAAGAUUUCGACAUAGAUAAACCUAGAUAUGAUAUGGAUAAGUAUUUAGGCAGAGCAAAGCACUUUUUUAUAGUAACAAACCCUUUAAAUCUUUUUGUUUCGGAUAAAACGUUAGAAAAUGCUAAAAAUAUAGUUGAAAAGCAAAGAAAAAAAGAGUUAGUUGAAGUAUCGGAAAAAGAACUGAUAAAAGCCAAAGUGAUUUAUGAUUCUGCAUUUCAUCCUGAAACUGGCGAAAAACAGUUUCUUUUAGGAAGAAUGUCAGCUCAAGUUCCUGUAAAUAUGGUCUUAACGGCUUGUUUGACAUUCUUUUAUAAAACCAACACUGCCAUUAUAUUUUGGCAAUGGGUUAACCAAUCAUUUAAUGCAGUAGUAAAUUUUAGUAACAGGAGCGGUGAUAGUCCUAUUACUAAUCAACAAAUUCUUUGGUCCUAUGUAGCAGCCACAAGUAGCGCCGUAAUCGUUUCGUUAGGCUUAAAGCGUUUAUUACGGGUAAAACUCGAUUUAACAAUCAGUACUUACAUAAUUGCAUAUAAUGUUACCACAAAUUACUUAUGCAUAUAUUGUGUGAAAAGCAAACCAACUCCAGGAGGAAUACGAAAAAAAGAGUUAGUUGAAGUAUCGGAAAAAGAACUGAUAAAAGCCAAAGUGAUUUAUGAUUCUGCAUUUCAUCCUGAAACUGGCGAAAAACAGUUUCUUUUAGGAAGAAUGUCAGCUCAAGUUCCUGUAAAUAUGGUCUUAACGGCUUGUUUGACAUUCUUUUAUAAAACCAACACUGCCAUUAUAUUUUGGCAAUGGGUUAACCAAUCAUUUAAUGCAGUAGUAAAUUUUAGUAACAGGAGCGGUGAUAGUCCUAUUACUAAUCAACAAAUUCUUUGGUCCUAUGUAGCAGCCACAAGUAGCGCCGUAAUCGUUUCGUUAGGCUUAAAGCGUUUAUUACGGCGGGCUCCACCAGUGAUUUCUCGAUUUGUACCCUUCGCAGGUUGCGCUGCUGCUAAUUGCGUUAAUUUACCGAUGAUGCGUUCAAAAGAAUUAUUAGAGGGAACCGCAAUAUAUGAUGAAAAUGGACAGAAAAUAGGUCAAUCAAAGUAUGCUGCUCAAAAGGGAAUUAGUCAAGUUGUGUUCAGCAGGGUUUGCAUGCCCAUGGGAGGAAUGGUUGGAGUACCAACCCUAAUGGAUUUUUUAUCUAAAAGAGGAAUUCAUUUUAAGUACCCAUUUCCAAUAGAGUUAAGUUUAAAUGGACUAACUCUUUUAUUUUCCACGCCUUUGUGUUGUGCGUUUUUCAAACAAUAUCAAGAAUUUCCAUUUAACGAUUUAGAGCAAAAUGUUCAGGUUGAACUUACAGAAAAGUUCAAGGGUAAUCCCCCUGCAAGUGUUUAUUUCAACAAAGGCCUUUAACUUUUAACGAUGAAACACUUAGAGACUCUAUAUAUUGACAAAUGUAGUUUUAUUAUAGACAGUGAAAUAAUUUUGUUGUUAA